AUUUCAUCGAGAUUUUGUUUGCAAGAAGUAAUAAGUAGUUCAUUUGAUGAGCUGUGGUAUUCUUUGCAGUUAUUUGCUUGAGGGGAAGAUCCUCUCUAAGAUAAAGUAUUACAGUGCUACUUUUUGCUGUAUGCACUGGACAGGACAAGGCAAUCCAGUAGCCGCAUUCCUCUGUCGUCCGCCGGCACUUUUUGCGUUUCCCUCCGUUUAUCGGCUAACAUGUUGUCGUGAAGAUCACCACUUUUACCGGACACUUUCUCAGCUUCUCAAACACCGGAAGACUUAAUGAGUUGCAUCUCUUGCCACCAAGUUUGUUCUUGUUCAAAGAUAUUUGUUAUAGUGUGACAAGUUUUUGAGUGUAAGACUAAUUGGCCUUCGAAUGACGCAUUAACUUGAACGAAGCCAGUUAAAAUAACUAUUGCAUGUUACGGACGUCAUAACUCUUAUCAGAAAUCGUUAACCGGGAGAAGUCGUCCUUUAUAUUAAAAUAGAUUCAAUGUUUUUACGCGUAAUUGAUUUGGCAGCGCAUCACGAAUUUUACCUCUCGCCUUUGUAAAUGGCAAUUGCACAAAAGGUUGUUUGUAUCGCAUCGCUUCCUGUUGCGAAUAAUCGAACGAUUCACGGGGUGUUUGGUGCGUGCGACACUAUUCGUUUCCUGGCGGGGUGCUGCUCGGACAGGUGGACGGAUCGAUUUACCCUUUGUGUGGGGCUGAGAGGCGAUUUCCGCUCGAGCUGGUAGGGCUGCGGUGACACUCGAGCUCUUAGUAUUGGAUAGUCUGUGACCGCGCGGCGACUCGCACGCACGCACCAUGUCCGCGCCUGUCCCCGCUCCGCGCAUGCGGUUAGCGCUUCAUCCCCAUAAUAUUCACACGACGAUAAAAGUGUACGCGCGCUGCCUCCGGCCGGACAUCGAGUACAAGACGCUGUCGGUGACUUGGGGCACGCGCGCUCGGGAGGUGGUCUCCACAUUGCUGGGCAAGUUCAGGAUGCGGCACAGAGACCCGCGGCUGUUCUACCUCAGCAUGGAGGUGCGGGUGCGCGCCGCGGGCCUGAGGACCACGCUCGUGUUAGACGAUGACGCGCGCCCGGCCGCCCUGCAGGCUUGCCACCCGAAAGGAUACUCUAAGUUUUCGCUGCAAAUGCGACCUGGUGGUCUGGUGAAGAUCUACGACUCGGCCCUGAUGUCCUCGUCUCAGUACAAGUGUCUGCUGACCAGCGAACGGACGACAGCGGACGAGCUGUUGGCGAUACUGCUGCACUGUUAUGAUUCCACAGAGGGCGUCGAGAGGUUCUCACUUUAUGAGGUAUGCCCUUCGCAAGAAUACGAGCGCAAGCUACACCCUGACGACUUACCGCUGUUAGUCCAGCGUGCGUGGCCGCCAGGCAACGACUGCCACUUCAGAGUGCGGCGGAACCCGCGCGCUCCCCCCCUCCCGCCGCGUACUCUCCCUGCCCCCACCCCCGCGCCUACCCAGGAACCAAUGAGAGACGAGGAAGAGGACGAAGAAACCUCCCGAGCGCUAUCCGCCCUAUCCCUAGAAGCCGAAGGAGAUAGGAGACGGUAUACCCCAGUCUACAAAUUCCCCAGCAUUAGUUACUGUAAGGAAACAAAAAACGACUACCUCUACAUCUGACUAGCCGUCAAUCUCACCAAAAGAGGAUGGCCCUGGGGUACCCUCAAAGGUUUCAAAUGGAACAAGUGCCACUGGACAGUGAAAAAGAGACUCAAGUGAGGUGUAAAUAGAGCGUGAACUUGUAUAAAGUGUAAAUAGAGACGGUGUGAACUGAAACGGGGCUAGGUGCGUGUGGUAAUCUCUUAUUUGAUUGAAGUGCGAAACCAAAGAGAUGUUGCAAUAUAACGGCUUAUCUAACACUGAGUUAGUGCGUAACGGGGAAAAUUAACUUUUAAUAUUUGACUCUUGAUGUGGAAAUGUAAUUCAAAAGUCUACUUUUUUGCAAACUUUGUCACAUAGAAUUUAUAUAAUGAAAUGAUUCUACAUUAAAUGUUUCUAGUCUAAAAAUACAGUUUCGUCUGAUAUGAGAAUAUUGUUUCAGAUUAUGAUUGUUACCUGAUUGCAACUAAAAACUAUGUAAUUUGAUUAAAAUUGUAUAUAAUUAUAAUUUAGCUAGUAGACACCAAAGAGGCAGAGGAGUAUUUGAGACAUUAGAACUAUUUAUCUGUUAUGUAUUGUAAUGUUAUAAUUUAUUUUAUGGAAUGCAAAAUGCAUAGCGGGAAGUCUAUUCGCUUGGAAAUGUUAAAACAAUACCGUCAUCGAAUUUAUUUCAAUAAACUGCGAUAUAUUUCAUAUAAAA